AUGCUGACCGACUCCGCCGUGAGCGGCUCCGGGACGGUAUUCUCGUCGGCAGCGGAGGAGAUGACGCCUCGAGAGACGGGCGCGAGCUCUCCGGACGGCCGCGCGCCGUCCAGCAGCCUAGGCGAGCCCACGGUGCGGACCGAGGCGGCAGCUGGCAGGGACGGGGAGAUCGCGGGAUUGCGCCGGCUCCCAAUUACGCUCACGACGCCGCAUUCUCCGGACGAAACCGACUAUGAUAGCUUCCAGAGCGGGCGCGACAUUCAGGGCAUCGAUUGGGAUUCGACGCCGUACACGAGGGACGAGUACCGCGCGCACCGCCUCUCGACGUACCAGAACUACUGCAACCUGCCCGAGAAGGUCGCGGCCGCGGCCGCGCGCCUCAAGGACGAGUGCCUGGCGACGCGGCGCGGUGCGCGGCUGUACAGCUUCACGUGGCGGCGGCGCGUGGCGAACCCGACGAUCGUGCACUUCCAGCUGCGCAACCUCGUGUGGGCGUCCGCGGAGGACGGCGUGUACUACGCGGGCGAGCACGGCAUCCGGCACUACAGCGCCGAGACGGGGGAGGACUCCGUGGUGCUGGACCUGUCCGGCCGGCUGCUGUCCUGCCAGGUCCCGCGCGUGGGCCGCGUGCAGAUCAGCUCGAUGUGCGUCCAGGGGCGCAUGCUCGCGGCGGGCGGCUUUGGCGGCGAGCUCGUGGUGCGCCACCUCGACCGCCCGGGGCUGCUGUUCAGCGACAGGGUGUCGCGGUCGGACAACGCGAUCACGAACGCGCUCGAGAUGCGCGAGAAGGCGUCCGGCGCGAUGUCCGUCGUUGCCUCCAACAACGACACCAGCGUGCGCGUCCUCGACGUCGAGACGGGCAAGAUUGACCACCGCAUCAGCUUCCCCUGGGCGGUCAACUACGCCGCCGUGCACCCGCUCAACCCCUCCCUGCUGUGCGUGGUCGGGGACCACCCCGUCGGGCUGCUCGUGGACCUCGCGUCCGGCGGCCGCACCGUCUCGGAGCUCCACGGCCACAUCGACUACUCGUUCGCCGCGUCGUGGCACCCCGGCGGCCACCUCCUCGCCACGGGCAACCAGGACGGCACCGCGCGCGCGUGGGACCUGCGCUACCUCGGCACGUCCGCCGCGUGCAUGCGCGGGCAGCUCGGGGCGAUCCGGUCCGUGCGGUUCUCCCCCUGCGGCAGCUUCCUUGCCGCGUCCGAGCCCGCGGACUUCGUUCACAUUUGGGACCUGGCGUCCGGGCUGCAGCACGAGCAGGAGAUCGACGUGUUCGGGGAGGUCGCGGGCAUGUCGUUCUCGGGCGGGGGCGAGGGGCUGUACGUCGGGCUCAGCGACGCCGUGUUUGGCGGCAUGCUGCACUUCCAGCGCCAGCGCGACCCGCGUGGCGUCGACAACUUCCUUUGA